AUGAAUGAGUGGAAACAGGAUGUUCUGAGUGUUGUGAACAUAAAGGUCAUCACGUUUAGGGACUGCAUUGGGUAUCCGAUGGACAAGGCAUUUUGGGAUGGUACCACUGACUUCUUCAAGUCGUUGCGAGCUCGUGAUGGAUGGUCACCGUCAUCACCAAAGAUAUGCUUCGCAAUGAUGUCCAAGCCACAAUUUGCAUUCGGUAAUGAUAUACCAAUCACUACACUUGGACUGCAGUACGAAGAGUAUUCACCAAACAUGCAAGGCUCAUUGUUUGACGGACCUGGAGUGAUCGAAGAACCAGCCAGAGUGUCGAUCGACACUCGCAUGUUCCCAACAUCCUUGGUCAAUCUCAAUGUUCACCGGGACUAUCAUUUCAAACCCAGGUUUGAUCUGUCCUACCUGUCAUCACUCAAACAGUUGUAUAUUAAGAACAAUGACAACUUGGUCUUUGAUCCGUCCACGCUGCCUUUAUCACUCACACGAAUUCAAAUUGGUUAUGGAGCUGAUCAGGAUCUGACCAACGUUCCAGCUAACGUUAUUGAUGUUGCCGUAUACUCCCCGUUAUAUCCAUACCCCAUCCAACAACAACAUAUUCAACACUUGACCAUCAGCUCACUUAGAUAUAGCCUGCCGGCCCAACGUCCAUUCAUGAAUCUUCGCCAUCUCUACACCCAAUCAAUAGAUAAUGAAGAGCUGAUCAACAUUACAUCCGAGUCAUUCCCCAUGCUAGAGACGCUGGUCACUGCCCUGGGUAAUCAAUAUACAGAAACAACUCUGUUUGACCUGUCCAAACUGCCUUCAUCGUUAAACAGAUUGGAGAUUUCGCCGCAUAGACCAAUCAAAUCACUUCCAAGUGGAGUAGUUGAUCUUCAUAUUGUAUUCAAUCAAUGUGAAACAGACUUUGAACUAUCCAACAUAUGGUCCAACUCACCACUCAUCAACAAUCUAACAUUGGACACGUACAGACUUGAAUUGAAAGUUGGUGAUAUACCAUCAUCAGUGACCAAACUCAAACUAUUGGAUUAUGGCAAAUCAUUGGACAUUGCCAAUGUGUUGCCUGGUACAUUGAGGUCAUUGACUUGGAUUGGUGGCACUGAUCAUGAUAUUAGAUACUUCCUCCAACACUUGCCAACAAACAUCGUCCGUUUGGAUAUUAAAAUUGGUGAAGAAAAAUUCAAUCUCAGUCGCCUAUCAGAUACAUUAUUCCUACAACUGGACUAUGACUUGCGCUAUGGAUUGAUCACCAUUGAUAAGUUACAGUCACUAUAG